CGCAAAGACGUCACGAAUGUCGCAGGUACUGCGUAGACUGUGAUGUUGACACGCCGUGACAUAUCUGCCCUAUUAUUGAGAACUGUUUGGCGUCUCGGUGGCAAGUGGCGAUCGCAGAUGGUAGUAGGCCACAAAUAGUUGAUCAGUGUGUCCAUCGUGGAGGUCAGUGACAGUUCGCAGAAACGACACUUACAAGUGAUACGAAUAUUAUGCAGACUCAUUAUUAUAUUUCUCCUUGAAGCGUGGCCUCCCGUGCUCUUACGAGGCUAGGCCACGGCACAUGUUUAUGUUGUUGUGUUCAUCUUACUCCGGCGAAGACGUAGGAGAAUGAUCAAUUUUUCUUUCGACAUGACCUCGCAAGUGCCUAUACUGCAAAACGCGUGGGGGAAGUGAUUUGAAAAUCCCCAGGGACAGUCAUCAUCGAGUUCGAUUUCAAAUAUUUCAAUAUUCUUAUUUGUAAACUCUAUGAGGAAUGUGGUGCCUUCCCCACAAACCAUCUGCCAAAUUGACUGAUGUACUAUCUCCAAAAGUGGAGAUUGCCGCCAAGCGAGGUGGGAGCAGGGCCGACUAUUGUACAGUGUUUCGAUGGAGGACUGUUCAGACUUGUUCAUUAUUUUCAGAGAAAAGUGUGAAUAUAACGUUCAGAUAUUUGAUUUCAACAUGACCAGUAUACAUUUAUUGCAGCAAGGCAUACAAAAGGAAAACCUGGAAAUUAAAAUUCUGAGCUUGAUGGUGGCAGAAUGUGAGAGAAUCAUUGAAAACGUUUUACCAAGAGCUGAAGCAGCACACCAACUCUUUCAAAGUAGGAAAGAAUCUUUGAUUACUAAAUGUUCUGACACAAGUAAAAUGAUACAGGAUAUGAAAGAAGAAACAAAUCGCCUAUCAAGUGAAAUGGAACCUCUACGCGCUCGUAAUAUGGAAAAGGAUGAUGUUAUCUCACGUCUGAAAGACAGUAUCAAAACUGCUGAGAAAGAGGCCAAAAUGUAUCGUAGCAAAUACGACCAAUUAAAAGUACAAAUUGAAGCUCAGCUUGAAGGAGCAAAUCAAGAAUUCAAGAGGUUUCAAGAACAGAAAGUUGAAGAAGUGAAUGCGCGAACCGAAGAAAUUACGAAGGUGCGCGAAGAUCUCGAAGAGCUGGCUACUCUGCGAGUGCGGUGGCAAGCUCAACGCGAUCUGCUGGCGGCCAAAGCCGACGAGAUGUGUAGAAAUUAUACAAUCACCCUCCAGCGAUUCUAGUAGACGUCUAUCAGCUGCUGACGAAGAAGACUCCAGCUACAUUUUCAGACAUCAAGAAGAAUACCAAAAAUGGGGAAUGGAAAUCAAUACUAAUGAAACAGAAUAUCUGGUAACAGGCGAGGGAAAUGUAGAUGACUUAGAUUUUGGAACAGUGAAAGUGCGCCAUUGCA